AUGGUUCCACUUUUUAAUGAUAAUCACUUAGGUCCAUCCACGCAGAAUCAGUCUUCAAGAUUUCAUCUCUUCUCUGAUUUCCCUCAGGAGAUACGCCUAAGGAUAUGGAAUUUAUCUCUUCAUCAACACCGCUUCAUCCCGGUUUGUGUAAACAAGACAGCUCGUCAAGACAACGCAAACCAUCACGAUCAAUAUCAAUUCUAUUCUAGUCAUAACGAUCUGGGCAAGAUUAUCAGCGGCGGUAAUUACCAGCUUUCUAUCAACAAACCCAUCUUGAAUACAACCAACCAGCUGUUCUAUACCACGAUAGAAUCAAGAUCAGCAGCACUAGACUUUUAUCGUAUUCGCCUACCUCUCACUCGAGGUCAUAUUCGAAUCAACCCUGAGUAUGAUGUAUUGUUCUUACAGGAUUGGGACAAAGCUCCUCCAAUGCUCGCUGAUAUCCUUCAUGAUAUUAGAGCUUAUGAUCCAAAAGAUGAGGGCCUGAUGCAUCUUGCUCUAGCGGAAGGAUCAGGAGAUAGUUUAUUUGAUAUUCCACAUCCCUCUAACAUACUCUCCGGACAUACUGAGAUGGUUGAUUUUGACUCUGACACGUCUCUAAACUCAUUCCGUGAUGAAACAAAGGAAGAGAUGCAAACCGACAAUGAAGUACCCUUUUACAAUGAAACACUGAACUUACUGAGGGAUGCAAGUCGAGAACGCCGUAAUCGCGGUAUGGGUUAUGGAACUUCACAAACUUCUCAUCACUCUACAGCCAUCGCAUCCCUCGUUGAUAUACUCAGUACCAAGCUCCGAUCAUUGUGGUGUGUUGAGAAGUUACUGUGUGACUCAAGGAUCUACGACAACAUAGGACUACGGAUGGGAAGACCUCACUUAUCGGAGACUUGUCCUAUCAUGCCUCCCUUGAAACAAAUGGGCAGAUCCAGUGUUAAUUUUGAAUGGUUGGAGAGCGACCCUAGACCAGUUCGACCAGAUUUAAAACAACUAGCUUUCUGGCGGGAUCCACGCCGAUUCUAUCAUAGCUGGUGCGUCCUCGAAGGAAUUUUAGGGGUGCGACAUAAGGCCAAUUUUGAUUUCUAUGUCUGUGUAACAACAUCAUUACCACCCCUUGAGGAAUGGGGAGAAGAAGUUGAGCAACAUGUCUCAACAAAGCUUGGGAUGCGUCAGAUGGUUGAUCGUCAUAGAGAAACCGAGCUGGCUCGAUGGGAGGAAUCGCUCGAGUUUUACAAGAAUAAUCUCGGUAUGAACAUCCCUAAGCAUGGCUUUCUGAGGGACGAGGAAAGCUAUAAGGAAUUGGAGAGAAAUCCUUCAAUCGCUAUUGGCAUGUGGAUCUUUACUGGGAAGGCGUUUGGGCAGGUCAAUGGAGAGAAUAUCUGUGACGUAUACGGGAGGUUUAAAGAGCAUUUUGAGAUGUCAGAAGUCCCUGGGCUUGCAGUGUUUGACAUUUGA